AUGUUUAGUGUCGCUGAUCCUACUGGUCAAUUAGAAUACGACCAGUGCUUCACACAAUACGAAGUGAAAUCAAAAGGAACAGUUGUUAAAGUUUCGCGCAUCACUGCAAGUGUUCGAAAAGGUAUGGUCUCAAGUUUUAUACCGUUUCACAUCGGUCUGUCACACAUAAAUCGAAAAACGAUUAUUCAACACUAUACAAAAACGUCUGCACGAGAAUUAAUAGCCGAUGGCGACGAUGAUACAGCAAUUUUAGUAGCUGACAGUACAUAUAAUUAUAUUCAAGUAUCAAAUGCUUGA